CGAGCGAGCCGGGAACUUGCAACAAAUGCAGAAAUAAAAUAAUGGCUGGUAAUGAUGAGCUCUUAAAGAAUCUGCAUAGUAACUUGCAAGAACUAGACAAUCUCCGGUCUGCAUAUUUUGUGACCACAAAACGCCCCUUGGCAUCCACAGGAACAAGUACCAAAACUCUGCUUCGUGACCAACAUCAACUCUCAAGAGAGAAUAUGAACAUCCAGCAGUUUGCUCCUCGAAAGAGCAUACGCCACCGUAACCCCUACUGGCCUGAUGAGGAAAUACGGACCUUUAUUGAGAUCUGGGGUGACGACCAAGUCCAAGCCUCGUUGGCCACCAACUUCCGCAACGAGGCCCAGUACGAGUGGAUCUCCGAUCGCAUGCGGGAAUACGGCUAUGACCGGGAUAUGAAGCAGUGCCGCCUACGUGCCAAGGAGCUACGGCGAGGAUACAAGGCCAUCGUCUGUGGCAAUAACUCCUCUGUGAGCGGGCAACGUGCCCUGCCGUUCUUUGAUUCCUUGAACAGCUUUCUGUGCAUGCACAAGGGCCUUGUGGUUUCCAAAGUUUCCCUCUCUAUAGAUCGGAGGAAUCGAGAGGCACAAAACCUGGGGCUGGAGCAGGACAAGAACGAAAAACUCAGCGUGGUUCUUGUUUCUGAUGAUGAUGAGGCGUCCAUUCCGGAGCCUACCGAUGACUCCAACGGCUACUUUCAGGACACUCGGUUGGAUUCGGAUCCUGUGAAUGCACAAUCUCCAGGCGAUGAGUGGGAACAGCAUGUAGAAGAUGGUAUUCUGGCAGAUGAUGAUGUUUCACCCGAUUUCCCCAGUGCUAGAGGAGAGGGCCAUUCUGCAAAUUCAGGCCCAUCAAGCUCCUUCCCCAGGGCAUCCCUGAUCGAUGCCGAUAGAGCGAGCAACCACUGGAAUCAGAAGCAGAGGAAACCGAUGGAUGCUGCCUCGGACCUUGCGGAUGCCAUUUCGCAAGUGGGCGACAGGCUAGUGAGUGCUCUGUCCGAUUUGCACUCGAAACACAGAGAGGCCUCGGAACGUGCCCAAAGCAGGGAAAGCAGCGCGCGCAAGGAGGAAUUUGCCAUCCUUGCGAGCCACGUGGACCAAGCCACAAAGAACAUGGACAAACUCAUCACGCUCAUGGAGACCUCCACCAGACGGAUCGCAGACGCCAUGGACCGACAGACUGCUGCCUUGGAAAACAUGGCCCGCUUGUUCGCCACGAGGAUGCCAGCUUCGUUGGUGCUCCCGGGGUCUCAAGGGCAGCCUGUGCUUCCCUCCUCAAACCUCUCUGCGCCACUCCCUUCUCCAGCGACAGGGUUACCCAACACCCUGAACACUUUAAGGGCGCACCAUACUGGCGAUCUGGGAGCACCAAGACCACCAGCGCUCUCCGAGGCGGAGGAAUUUGAGCCAGAGACAAAGAAAAUAAAAACAGAAGACGACUAG